AUGGCACCUUCUACUCAUAACAUGGCCAAUUCAAAUUCAAAUGAGCGGAAUGUUUAUUUUGGCUCAAACUCGCUGAAGAAGUAUUUUGAUCCUGAUUGUCAGCCUCCUUUGCCUCUGGUUGAACUUCCAGAGUAUCUUAAUCCAUACUAUCACGAUGGUGUUCGAAUAUAUGCCAAAAUGAUGACAAUGCAUCCGGCAAAUAAUGUUAAGGCCAUGCCUGCAUUGAAUAUGCUUGGAUCAAGCGUGGUGCCGGACCAAACGAAUAGAAUUAUCGAAUAUAGUUCAGGGUCAACUGUAAUUUCAAUGUCGAUGAUUGCCAGAGUCAUGCACGGUAUUGACGACACACGAGCCUUUCUGAGUAACAAGACAAGCGACGCUAAGCUGAAGCUUAUGCAAUUUUUUGGACUUGAUAUUACUCUGUUUGGGGGUCCAUCGCAGCCAGAACCAACUGAUCACCGCGGUGGUAUUCAAAGUGCCCACAGACAAGCCAAAGAGUCAGAAGCAAUUGUCAACCCUAAUCAAUAUGAGAAUGAUGAUAACUGGCAGGCCCAUAUUCGAUGGACUGGACCACAAAUAUUCAAGCAACUCCCAGAAAUUAAUGUUUUGUGUGCUGGCAUUGGCACCUCGGGAACGAUGACUGGACUCGGAACUUAUUUCAAGAGUGUGAAGCCAUCUGUGACACGACUUGGUGUCUGCACAGCAGCUGGCGACCGCGUACCUGGCCCUAGGUCAUAUGCCCUGCUACGACCUGUUGAGUUCCCAUGGAAAGAGGCAGUGGAUAUAUUUGAGGAAGUUGGCUCUGCCGACUCGUACACCCUGUCUCUGAGACUAUGCAGAGAAGGUCUGGUCUGUGGUCCAUCAUCCGGAUUCAACCUGCAGGGUUUAUUCCAAAUGCUGGAAAAGCACAAGGCCGCGGGAACACUCGGAGAUCUAGCAGGUCCGGAUGGAGUGACGCAUUGCGUCUUUUUGUGUUGCGACUUGCCAUAUCAGUAUCUUGAGGAGUAUUUCCAGAAGUUGGGACCUGGACAGUUCCCUCCUAUUCGCAAUGAGCGAUUGGCCAAAGUCGAUCUCCACCGUUAUGACGAGAGCUGGGAGCGUGACGCAUUGGAGGUACUUCCAGAAGUCUACGGAGCGCCCCGGUCUCUCGCGGAUAGUCCACUGAAUGAGAUCACGCUCAAACCCCAACAUCGAGUGAUUGAUCUUCGGAAACAAGGGGACUUCCGAGCAUGGCAUCUUCCUGAGUCGAUCAACUUGCCGCUGAGCAGUAUCGGGCCGCAUACUCCAUCACCGUUUUCAGAUCCAGCAAUCUUAGAGGCGCAGUGGGUGGAGCUGGAGCAGAUCUUCCGCGAUGGCCGCUUGGUCUCAGAUCUUGGUUAUCAUCACGUUCUUGUGGUAUGCUACGAUGGGGAUACAGCACGCGUGGCUACCAGUGUCCUUCGGGCUAGGGGCCUUGAAGCGGAUAGUGUGCGUGGAGGCUUCCAUGCUCUCCAAAUGUUUGGGAUCGGGAAUGAGGGCCCUGCCGUGCCCACCAAGGUGCCUGGGCCUAUUCCAGCGACGAUUUCCGUAUCCGCUGUACCCCUUGAUUAG